AUGUCCUUUGCCAACCAGGAGGUCCUCACCCCUCUCGGUGGCUGGUUCCGUCCCAUCAUCGGCCGUGACCCCUACAACAAGAAGAACGUUGAUGAGUCACAAAAGGCCGCCCUCAAGGCUGUCCACGUCUUUGAGGAGCACCUCCUUACCCACACCUACCUCGUCGGCGAGCGCCUCACCCUCGCUGAUAUCUUCGCCGCUUCCAUCUUCGCUCGUGGCUUCCAGUACUUCUUCGACAAGGCAUGGCGUGCCGAGAACCCCAACGUCACCCGUUGGUACGAGACCGUCUACAACGUUCCUAGCUACACCGCUGUUGCAGGCAAGCUUGAGUUCAUCGACGAGGCCAUCAAGAACGUGCCCCCAAAGAAGGAGGCUGCCCCCAAGAAGGAGCAGCCUAAGGCCGCCCCCAAGCCCAAGCCGGCUGCCAACGACGACGAGGAGGAGGAGGACAAGCCCGCUCCUAAGCCCAAGCACCCUCUUGAGUCCCUUCCCCGCGCUACCUUUGUCCUCGAUGACUUGAAGCGCACCUACUCCAACGAGGAGACCCGUGAGGUCGCCCUUCCCUGGUUCUGGGAGAAGACCAACUUCGAGGAGUACUCGCUCUGGAAGCUCGACUACAAGUACAACGACGAGCUCACCAUGACCUUCAUGACGUCCAACUUGAUCGGUGGAUUCUUCAACCGUCUUGAGGCAUCCCGCAAGUACAUCUUCGGUGCCGCAUCGGUGUACGGUGUCACCAACGACUCCAUCAUCAAGGGUGCCUUCCUCGUCCGUGGCCAGGAGGCGCUCCCCGCUUUCGACGUGGCCCCCGACUACGAGAGCUACGAGUUCACCAAGCUCGACCCCACCAAGGCCGAGGACAAGGAGUUUGUCAACGACCAGUGGGCGUGGGACAAGCCCCUCGUGGUUGACGGCAAGACGUAUGAGUGGGCCGACGGCAAGGUGUUCAAGUAG